AUGGAGAAUAAUCUGUCCAGAGCCCUCGUUGGACUCUCAGUCCAGAUCAGCCGAAGUGACGGUGAGCUCGUUGACUAUUUCUACUUCCUCUCUCUACACAGUAACAAUAAUAAUACCGCCGUGUUUGACUCUGACUUGCUGCUUGUGUGUCCGUGUAAAGGUCGGGUUCACUCCGCUACAGUCAAGACCGUGGACUCCGUCAAGUCCGUGGUGAUGGUGGAGUGGCAAGAGAGGAAGAUCUGCAGAGGGAAGGAGGUGAGAAAAGACACAGGCGGAGAAAAUACACAAGUCAUAUUGAUAAUAAACGAACUCAAGUUCAACCCUCUUCUUUUUUCAAUGUGUCAUUUGAACAAAUGGGUACUGUAAUGCAACCAAGUCCAAUGAUGUACUUGAAUAUUUAUAAACAUAUAAAUAAACAUAUUUGAAAUGAUGUACUCCAGUGGACCACCAGCACCCCAAACAUAUUCUGCUAUGAGUUUUAGGAGCAGUUAUCAUCCGCCAGACACCGAGUUAGACACCCCCUCAAGAGAUGAAUGUUGCCGACUGUUUGCUUCUCUAGUUAUACUAACUUUAGUCACAACCGCAUGAUAGCAAUACACAGAGGUUUGAGGAGCCAUAAACAAUCCUCAACCAAAACGCCACUCUAUACCCACAAAUAAUGCUCAGAACAGCACCUAACUUCAUCAAAAGUACAUGUAGGGUCUCAGCCACAGCACUAGCCACCAAACAUAUUUGUAACUUUGCCUAAUUUCUUCAGCAAAGAGACUAAACACAACUCACCUACUCUCUUCCAGCAGCUACUUGUUUGUAGUGAGACCUCAUGCCAGUCCAAUGUGGACUGCUGCGGGGUGACGCAGCUCAAGGAAGAACACUUAUGAUAAUUUCUUCAUGGAAAUGCAAUCAGACAGAGACGCUAAGACAGAAGAACUUCCGCGUCUGCAGAGCAAAAUGAUUUAAUGUGAUGAUUAUUACUUCAAGGAAAUGAUAAAGAAAUGUUCAUAAAUGUUCUUCCUUGAGCUGUGUCACCCCGCAGCUGUCCGUAAUGGACUGGCCUGAGGUCUUGUUGGCUUAAUUUUAUGCCGGAAUAUCCCUUUAGGUAUUUGGUUGUGUCACAUUGCCAAGAUUUUCACAAUAUAAUUGUAACAAUUUCUGUGUAUUUACCUUUUAACUUUGUGAUUUAGGUCGACAUAAGUGAGUUAUGCACUCUUAAUCCUGAGCUUUUGGACCUUGUAAACGCUGUCAUCAACAAACCUGCUGACCCACCCACCCCCACUCCUGACAAGGUAGGUCUCAUCCCACUGCAAAACCUCACUAUGAGUUAUUCUGAUGCAACAAAACAGGAAAAGAAAAGACACAGAUAUUAGGACUUUAUCCUCACACAUGAGAAAAGCAAGCUAGAGGUGAUAAAAGUAUGGGGACAAAUUCCACAAAUUAAUAAUAUAGAUCAAGUUAUUUAUGGGUUAGUACCUGAUCAAAUAAUGGACUCCAUUUAAUCUUAAGUGUCAUAAACACACCAGGCUCGUAGCUGGAGUCGAAUAUUCACAGUUUUGAACAUUAAACCUCAGAGUUAUUUCAAACAGUCUGUCUGUGAGGCAAAUAAAUAAUAUAAUAAAUAAUUUACAUAAUAAUGUAAAUAAUAAUAAUAAUGUAAAUAACUUUUUCUUUCUGUUUGUCCUCCCCCCUGAAGUAUGAGGGUCGUCUGCGCUCAUCCAGGAUUCCUGCUCCUUCCUCCUGUACGUCAAAGUAUUUAUUUAUUUAUUUUAGAUUAUUAUAUUAUUUUAGAUUAUUAUUUCCACAUAGAGUGCAUCUCCUAAUAGCUUAUUUCCCUCCAAAAGCCUCUGCUCCAGCAGUCCCCAAGGCUGAAGAGUCAGGUUGGCAAGGCGUGCAUGUUCCUUUUUCUGAAGCUUAAUCACUGUUGGGUUGUGGGUUCCUGGUGUGAAUUACACUUAACCCACAGUCUUUUUUAAAUAAAAAAGAAAUAAACACAAUCAAAAUAGUUAUUACAGCUUUUAAUCACCUGCCGUUCUUACCUCUUUACCUGUGUUAAUCUCUGCUGGCUCCUUUUUUCUGUCUUUCUGAAGGAACUUGUAUCAUCUAAUUAGCCUAAGUUGUAUUUGUGAUCACACUUGAUUUUGCACACUUAAGCUUCUCUUUACAUUAUACCAGAGUUUGGAUAAGAUCAAAAUCCAGACAAUCAAUGAUUAUAUCCUUUUUUUUUUUUUUUUUUUUUCUUUUUCAAGUUGCAAGUCGGUCUCAGGUCAGGCAGACGUGUAUGUUCCAGGCCUAUGCCCCUGUUCGAGCAUCAGCUGCAACUAUUGAGACUGCUCAAAACCCGGAGAUGAUCCACCCUGAUGUCCCUCACUCAUCAGUUGUCACACACUCUGGUGCGUAAUGACUUCAAUUAUCAGUGGGGGGGGAAACUACAAGGGUUAGGGCUGCAAUAACAAGAAUUAACCAGUGUGUGUCCUGCCCAUAAAUCAAAUAUUUGACUUUAACACUGGAAGGCCAAGAAUUCAUUGGUAUAAUGAAAUCACUGGUAGUUUCACAAGAUGAAGGACAGUGUAUGGAGAGGCUGUUGUAAGCAUUUAGAGUAGUCCUACCCUUGCUAGAGAAGACUAGAUCUUUUAGUGUAUCUGUUGUUGAAAGCAUGUCCUUCUUUCUUCUGCAGCUAAUCCCAGUUGGCAGCGUAAAAGAUUUGAGGUUCAACAGGCCCGUGAGUCUGUAAAGGAAAAUGAUGAGCCUGAGAGGAUGCCUCCUCCUCCGCCUGCAGUUAGAGGUCAGUAACAUAUUCAUACAGGUGUUUGUUUUACAUGUAAUUCUCCAUCAAUAAGAUCUAUAGAUGUACCAGAUUAAUAGAAAUCUCAGUACCUACAGCUCACGGUCCCUCAUCCCCUCUGCUAUAAACUGUUUUUUGAAGUUUGUGUCAUCUUGUUGAGAGACCAUGAUCACGACCAUGAGAUGAGUAGUCGUUUGGUUCUUACUAUUAACCAAAAAACCUUUUUAUUUCUAGGUACUGUGGGUGGAAGAAAAUCUGUGGCUCCUCCAGAGAUAAACAAGGGCAACAAAAGGCUGUCUUGUGUCAAUAAACCCCCUGAGAUCCAUACCAAGAAGGGAAAGGUGAGAUUCUUAAAAUUUGUGUUUGUUUUUUAUGUUGUUGUGAAAGUAUUAACAGGUUAGAACGAAAGGAAAAGACAAGGGAUCUCUCUAAUUUUAUGUGUAUGUUUUAGUUCGGAGAUCAUUCUCGACCAAACCAGAAGUUUUACGAGAUGAUCCAAGACUUCAGAGAGACUUUGGAAAUAAACCCUCUAUCACUGACCGACCAUGUAAGUUUAGACUUAAGACGCCCUGUGCAUGCUACAAGCUUCCAUGCGUCAUCACUGCUCAAACUUACAUCAGAAUUUGUGAUUCCAUAGAUUGUGCCUCAAAAGAUCUGUGUGUGUGUUCGCAAGCGGCCCCUUAAUAAGCAAGGUAAUGUGGGAGUGAUGUGUGACGUCCUGCAUUCAGCAUCAUUCAAGUAUUGAUCCUGUAUGCUGACUUCCUUGUGUGCUUUCCAGAGAUCAACAAGAAAGAGAUAGACGUGGUGUCUGUGCCCGGGAGAGGUGCUCUGCUCGUUCAUGAGCCAAAACAGAAGGUGGACCUCACCAAGUACUUGGACAACCAGAUCUUUCACUUUGAUUACUCCUUCGAUGAAACUGUCACCAACGACCUGGUCUACAAGUAAUGGCAUACGUUUGGUUUUGAGUUUUUUGGGGGGGUUGGUUCUUCUUCACCAUCAGUGUUUUGCCUGAAAACUGCAACAGUCAUCAUUGUUUAGAUGAACAAAAUUCUUGAUAGAUACCAUUUUUUUUCUUCUGUAGGUUCACUGCCAAACCUUUGGUGCAGUCUAUUUUUGAAGGUGGCAUGGCAACAUGUUUCGCCUAUGGCCAGACAGGAAGCGGGAAAACUCAUGUAAGUCCCUGCUCGCUGUCUCACGAUGAAACCUCUCGACGAAGCAUUUCCAUUUGUAGAACCAAGAAACCAUUUUACCUCUUUGUAAAAUUAGUCGCUAUGUCUUGUUUUCUCCUAGACAAUGGGAGGGGAUUUCUCGGGGAGGCAACAGAACAGCGCCAAAGGGAUCUACGCUUUGGCAGGUAGGACCCAAAGUAUCUUGAGUUUUUUGGGUUUUUCAGCAUGAGAUCAUUUUCUUGUAUCAAUAAACAGCAUUUCCUGAUUUUUAGUUUUUGGGGAGGGGGGUAUUUUGAGCAUGGUCACUGUCGAGACUUUCUGUCAUUUCCACAAUCAAUCAGGAUUUACUGAAUUGCCAAAUGAGAUUUCUUAGUCUUUACUUUUUGUUCCUCCAGCCCAGGAUGUUUUUGCUAAUCUCAAUCACCACAAGUAUGCCAACCUGGAUCUCUCUGCCUAUGUCAGCUUUUUUGAGAUCUACAACGGAAAAGUAAGAAUAGCGUCACCUUUUGUGAGCACGUUCGCAACAUUUCAUUGAAUCUCAGCUUAAAUAAGUUACCCUGAAAUAUGCUGUUUGACGUAGGUGUAUGACCUGCUGAACAAAAAGUCAAAGCUCCGGGUCCUAGAGGACGAUAGACAGCAGGUUCAGGUGGUCGGCCUGGAAGAGGUUUAUGUGUCCUCUGCAGAGGAUGUGAUCAAGAAGAUACAAAUUGGCAGCGCAUGCAGGUACAUAAAGAAGUUUUUUAGUCGUCUAAUGGUUCAUUACAGCCUCUUAACCAGAAUAAACUUAACAUGCUGUCUUUUCCUUUCUCUCCUCUGUAGAACAUCAGGCCAGACUUCAGCCAAUGCCAACUCCUCCCGCUCUCAUGCCAUCCUCCAGAUUGUCCUGCGACGCAAUGACCGUGCGACUACACUCCACGGCAAGUUCUCAUUGGUGGACUUGGCCGGCAACGAGCGUGGAACAGACGUCAGCAGCAACGAUCGAAGCACUCUGGUUGAGACUGCGGAGAUUAACCGCAGCCUGCUGGCUCUGAAGGUAAAACUGUGGCGAUUGUGGACAAAUGAAAAGCCUGUUUUCUUCCUUCCACCUCUACAAGAGAGCAAAGACAGCAACUAACACUGUCCAAAAUUUAUAUUUAAGGGGAAUAAUGUGCUCCAAAUUCUCAACCCCCAUCUGCAUUCUUAAUAAGCUUGCAUGGUACCUCAGAGGAUGUUAAAUCCCCUGUAAGACAUUUGUACGUCUGCUCUUGUGUCUUGCAGGAGUGUAUUCGCUCUCUGGGAAUGAACAGCGAUCACAUUCCUUUUCGGAUGAGCACUCUGACCAAGGUCCUCAGGGAUUCCUUCAUCGGAGAAAAGUCAAGAACCUGCAUGGUAUGUGCAGUCUCAGUUUUUCACUGUUUGAUGACAUUUCGUGAAUCUACACACUCUAAAACUCUAGUGUUGAUGAUUUUUAAGGAUGGUUGGAUGGAUUACAGAGCUGCGUCGUUUACAGUUUAUAAUGUACUUAAUCUGGCAAAAGGCUCCACAAUUAAUCUUAAAACUGUCUGGAGUCGAAAGUAUUUUCAUUCUGCAGGUAAUUCAAAUAUAUUUGCAUGUUUCUCCGUGUCUUGUUCCACAGAUUGCCAUGGUGUCCCCUGGCAUGGCUUCUUGUGAAUACACGAUGAACACACUGCGAUAUGCUGACAGGUACAAAUGAAGCAUGAGAAGUUGAGGCUUUUUAAAUCAUUUUUUUUGUGAUGGAAAUAUUGAAUCCAUACGGUUGAAAGAAUGUCAUUGUAGGAGGAUAAUGUUUGACUUUGUGUGCAGAGUCAAGGAACUUAAUGGAAUGUCUAAAACCAGUGGAGCAACCAAAGCUCAAGAGCUGAUGAACAGCUCCGAAGAGGAGGUCAGACUGAACAAGACAAACACUAUUACAUGACUUGCAUUUGUUAUUUUCUAUCCAUGCUUAGUUAAACACUUUUGUCUCUUGCAGGAAUCUGCUGUGGAUACCAGUGUGUAUGAUGCCAUAUCUCAGGUGGCGGAGCUGGAGGAGAAGGUUUACGUGGAGCUGCAGGUAGUUUUCUUAAGAGUGCACUUAUUGAAAAUUAAGACGUAUUUUUGAGGCUCUUAAGUCGUCACAUGUCGAUCACUUCUGUUUCUCAGACGUUAAACGAACUGGUCAAGGCAAUGGAGGACACUUCGUACAACAGUGAGGCAGGGGUUCAUGACCUGGUGGAUCAUUCCCAGAAGUUUUUAGGUUUGUAAAAAUAACAGCUUCAUUUCACAGAGUGCAGUUUGGCUGUUACUAUUGUCACUGUUUGCCUUAAAAAGCAAAAGUAUAAAUGCAAAGAUUUGUUUGCAGCAACCUUGUUAUCAGGCUAAUUGAAGUUGGUGUUGGAGUCCCCAGAACAAGAUGGGUUCAAUAAAUAAUCAAAGUUUGCUGAAUUUUGGUGCUUUCUCUCAUAUUCUCCAUCUUGUCCUCCACACAGACUUGGUGCUGGCUCUACAAUCCUCUGUGGCGAAAGAGAGAAUGGCGAGGAUGAAUCACUGAGACAAAUCCAGCAGACAAACCCCAGAUAAACACUUUUGUUUGUUGAGCGCUUUGUUCAUUCCAGAGCAGUUCCCUGUGGUUUUAUUGUACUUUUGGUAUUCUAAUUAAUAAAAUGUAUUUGGACACUAACUCAUAUCAUUUUUAAUAGUCUUUGAAGAAUUUGCCAAGGAUUAUGAUUAUUGUUAUGAGCAGAUAUUGUUUUGUUCGAUUUAACAAACUUAAUUGAUACCUUCCAGUAGAGGAGAGUGGCUUUUCUAAAUUUAACAUGUAGUUGUGAAGCAGAUAUCAGAUGCCUGCUCACGGCAUAUGUCUAUACAACUCAGUCCUGUAUGAAACACUGCUGUUGUUGUAUUUGGAUAUUUACAGGCACUUAAAAACAUCGUCAACAGUUUUUAAUGAAGAUUAUUGAAAAUUAGUAUCACCCUGACUUAAAUCCAGCAGGACAAAGUCAUUGAUUAUCAUCAAUUUAACUAUUAGUUCACCCAAACUAUAGCCAUGCUUGUUUUUUGGAGAAACCAAGGACAAAAGGGAAAAAUGUAUUGAUUAUUGCAGUUGUUAAAAGUUCACUGAGAUGUUUGUCUGAUUUUAAAAAACUUUGAUGUAAUAAAUCCUUUUAUGCACUUUAACUAUGUUUUUUUUUUCUUUACAGCUCCCCACACUGUACAGAUACAGUCAGUCAAAUGAGAAGCCACACAGCACAGCAAAAGUUUGACAGGGUUUUCUAAAAAGGUUUUAUUUUUUUCAUCAAUUUUAUUCUUUAAAAUGAUCAAAUGUGGCAACAAUAGACUAACAAAAAUAGACUACUCAACUUUAUUUGUAAAGCACUUCAAAACAACCACAGCUGAGCAAAAUGCUGUACAUAAAUAGAUCAAACAACACAGACAUAUAAACAAUCAAAAAACACUAUGCAAUAUAAUGCUAUGGAAUUGAAAACAGGAAGACGAGAAAAUUGAAUGCAAAGUAGCACUAACCGUUGAACAGCCACACCAGUGGGUGGCGCUGCAGGUGAACGACAACUGUUUUUACACGCCAAGAGAAAAAAAAAGGGAAGAACCAACCAGAUUAACCUUUCCGUCUGGGCGAGUGAGGAAACAAACCCCGGAACGGACAGAGAUGAAGUGGUCACGGUAUUCGCUCCUCAUCUUGGGGCUUUUUUCUUUGUGUUACGCCACGUCUGGCGAUAGCAGUGGCGUGAAAAAGAUGAAGAUGCAGUUCGCAACGGGACCUCUGCUUAAAUUUCAGAUCUGGUGAGUAAAUGAGCAAAAAUGUGGCGCGUCAUUGGGAGCUAGCUUCAACUCACCGGCUAUCAACACCGCAGGCCGAAAACCGACGGGUCUCGAUGGUAGUUUCAUGUGUUAAUUUAUAAUAGGAAUGGUUAGUCAUUACCGGAGUUACACAACUCAAAUCCGAACGUUUCGGUAGGAUAAAUUCUGAGAAAUGACUGAGUUUUGACGAUUUUGAUGGUCUCUUUUGCAAACAUGGCUCCACUUCCGCUGUAAAAAAAUGCCACUUCAUGCAAAAACUACUGAUAGUUUUCAAUCUGUGCAGUUUUACACAUUUUCCUUAUUAAAUUGUUGUCUUAUGCUGAGCGCUUUGGUUUUCUAGAAGGGUAAACAGUAAAUAUAUUUUGCAAACCAGUCUUUCCUCGUGUCUUCAAGUGAGAUUAACUCCAUCCCUGUACUAGUACCGAUUUAGGGAUUAUUCCUAAUCCCGUUAAAAGGCUCCCCCUUUUGAAAGUAUUUCUGAUUUCUCUAAUGUGCGCUGAAAAGACAAAUGUAACAUAAUGUAGGCUGAUUUCUAUCACCUCAAAGAAAAGGCAAAUUUAACUCAGGUCUAACUCAGUGUUACGGUGUGUUUGACCCUAAAUUAAUUUUACGCCGGAAUAUCCCUUUUAAGCUUUGUGACUGAAGGAUUUGUGGUGUUAUAGUGUUGAUCUGUCAAUGUUGUACAGUAUCAACACUUAAUUGCAUGAGGAUGAUCGACUACCAGCUCAUCAGAGGAGUUUUUAGCCGGUUGUGAAUUGAAUACUGUCACCUCUUUAUGGCCAAAAGCAAAUGAGCCCAUCAUCAACACGAACUAAAACUUCCUUACAGGGACUUUUUAGUAAAUAAGCCCACAAGGUAAACAUUUGCAAUGUAAAUUGCUGAUCUUCUGUAAGACUGUUUUGUAAAUACCGGAGAAUUGAGUAUAGAUUUCAAAGCUGGGGAACAUGUAGACAGCACCAACACCACUCUACCUUGAGAAACUCCACUGAGCAGCAGCAUGGGGUUUAGUUUACAUGUGUGCCACAUGUGCCGUAUCUCAAGGGUACAUUCACAAUCUGCAGUUUCAACUGUUAUUUUGUUUUGUCUGUCUUCUGAUUUUGUUCGUUCUUUCAACUGCUCUCUGUAUUUAUUCCUAAAACUGUGUGUUUGUUUCCUCACAGCAUUUCCUGAGGGUACAAGCGGGUGUUUGAGGAGUACACGCAGGCCUUGUACCAGCGGUACCCAGACAUCCGCAUUGAAGGGGAGAACUAUCUUCCUAUACCCCUCUAUCGGUAAGAAACACAGCGUUGUUUAGUGUAAUUUCCACUGCUAAAGCGGUCAAAAGCUGCCAGGGAUAAGCUUUUGUUCAACUGGAAUUCAAAUGCAGUUAGUCAUCUGGUUUGGAUUUAGUGGGGCUUGUUUGAUAGAUUUAUAUCACUUCAUAUUAUAUAAAUAUCAUAUCAUCGACAAAAUAGUUAAUGUGCUUCUAAAAAUAAUUGCUACAUUAAAAUGUAUAUAUAUGAGUAGGAAGCUUGAAAGAGAGAACGUGGCAAAGGGCCGUGGGUUGGAUUUGAAUACAGGCCAUCCGCUUUAUGGACUGUACCCUCUAUACAUGGUGCAUGUGAUUAUCUGAGCUAAACCAGUACCUAAAUAAGCUUUUAUAACUUUUUUCAGGACACAGUUUGAUCAAACUUAGAAAAAGCAUUAAAUGAUUUCAGUUCUCAAAACGUCCUCAUCAGUCAUUUUUAUUUUGCUCUAGUUUUAGCUUUGUCUUUUUCAACGAGUACAUCCUCAUAUUAAUUUAACUCAGCUUUAUCGUCAUUCCUCUGGAUUCCAUGUAGACCGUUGAACGGAAUGGCGUUUCUCUAGUUGCGCAAGAAAUCAUUUGAUAGAUGUCCAAGAUCUCAUGAUUAAAGGUGUGGGUCACUGAGAGCCUCUGUUGAUCUCUUCCUAAACACACCAGAGAUUAACUUUGCAUGAGGAAAGUGAUAGUAUAUAAUGGACAGUUUAUAUUACGUAUAUCUUAUUCUGUAGCCAGUGAUUGUGUGUCUCUCUGGUUGGACACGCAGUAAGAAUAAACCUUUGGCCGUUGACGGGAUUCUGGUUCAACCAGUUACACAUAGUUAAGAUAAACGAUUGUAAGGACACAAAAACUGUAUACAAGCUCAGUGUUAGAUGCUGGUGAGUGUGACAUACAGGCAAACAUGGUCUAGAUUAAGUCUCUCAGAAUCAGAGACAUUGUAAAAAUUGUUGACUCCUCAUUUGAAAUGAGUGGAAAACAGUUAAAUAGUCGAUUCUGGCCUCAUGUUCAUUAUAUACAACGAAGCGUCGUUUAGAUCAAUUAAAAUCAUCAUAAAAUCAUUUACUACAUUAUGUUAGGGAUGGGAAUUGAUAAGAUUUUAUCGAUAUCGAUGCCAUUAUCGAUUCCGCUUAUCGAUUCUUUAACGAUUCUGUUAUCAAUGCCCUUCUUCGAUUACAAAAAAAAAAAAGACUAUGGGUUUUCACCGGUUAACUCUAAAUUUUAUUGAGUCUCUGUCUCUGUUCCCGUUCGCAUAGACUGGCACUCGCGAGAGUUUUUCAAGGCACCCCACAGAAAGGAAUCGUUAAGGGAAUCGUUAAGAUAAAAUGUAAAUGAUGUCGAUGGAUUGAACCAGUUGGAACCGGUUCUCAACAAGAACCGAUUCGCGAUUCCUAUCCCUACAUUAUGUUCAAUAUUGUUAUGAUUUUAUCAAGGUGACAUUAUUUGUUUAUCAUUAAGUAUAUAAAAUUGUGUGCAUGGUUUCUGCUGAAUCUUAGCUAUCCUCUGCCUUAUUUUUAAACAGAGGUUACUGAUAUUUUAUGAUGUCAGGUCUACAAGUUGUUGUAAUUUCUUUCUUCGUGUUGCAGCCACAUCGCUUCCUUCCUGUCUAUGUUCAAGCUGCUGGUGAUUGGGCUGAUCAUUGUAGGCAGAGAUCCCUUUGCUCUCUUCGGCAUGCAAGCCCCAGGCAUCUGGGAGUGGGGUCAGGGAAACAAGGUGAGUUUCACCGUCACUGUAAGAUUCAUUAAAGCUGAUGAGACUGGAGACUUGAGCCCGGAGUAUUUAUGAAGUUGCCAUCACAGCGUCAUCAACACGCUCUGGACAUGAAAAUGAAGAAAGACAGACUUUAGUGUGGCUGUUUCUCACUGCCAAGCACAAUUUGAACCCAUGGGAUAUCAUUAGCUGUUAAUUGAUGGUGUUCAGCUUGUGUUGCUAAGUAUUGUUUUGGUUGGAUCUGUUAUUCCCCAAGUGCAAGUUUUGCCAUAGAAUCUGAAGAUCAUAUUUCUGUGUUUGGGCUCCUGGGUUUGUUUGGGGUUCAUGUAGAUUACUCUGAGUUUUCAUGAAGUGUUUCUCAGCUUUGUAUGAUGCUCUUGGCUCAUGUGUUCUUCUGUUGUUUCUGUGAAUUUUUCAUGGGCCUCUUUUUUUUGCAUUGAGGUUCUGUCUUUAUGCUCUGUUUGAAGCUCUUUGUAAAUCUUUGUUGAAAAAGUGCUAUAAAAAUAAAUGUAUUAGUAUCACAUUGCUUUGCGGUGCAUUAAGAGCUGCUACUGUAACAGUUUCUUUAAUCAGAUGACUUAAAAAAGAACUGUGUCUCAUUGACUGGAGCCAGUCUUUGUAAUUCCCAGUGGUGUAAUCUGACUUCGCCUUAAUCCCAUCAGCCAAUCAGUAAAGCUGUUUUUGAGAGGGUUUGUCAAGAAUAGGUCUUAGAUGCACAACUCAGUCUGUUCCUGACUACAAGACAGAAAGCUAGAAAAGUAGGUUAAAUGUUUUAUUUUUCAGCAUAUUUACUUUUUUUAAAAUAAGGCUGAUAUCAAUAGAGGAAGCUAUAGUGAGAUGUUCUCGACUCUAACUCUAAGGAAGACAAAUAUGAUAAAUGAAAUAUAUAUCUCAACAAACCACUCUUACUGUAUUAGAGGGCCCGACCGAUAUGGAUUUUUUGGGGCUGACACCGAUUAUUGGGGGGGGGGAAUAUCCGAUUACCGAUUAAUCGGCCAAUUUUUAAAAAUUUUUAUGAAGUUACAAAAAAUACAUAUAUACUGUAGAUCUCUACAGUACAUACUGUAGGCUACUGCUUCAUGCCGACAGGAAGACCGACUGAUCAAACUUGGACCUUAAAAGCGUUUUCAACUACCCCCCCAGCCCGCCGAUCAGUGCCUCUGCGUCUUAACUCACGUUACUCAUUUACGGUCCGGUCUCAUCUGGAGACAUACAGCUGCCUCAGUAAGAGAAGUAGCUCGAUCCCGAAUGUGUACUGUUGUUUAUUCUACCGUUACUGGCACGGCUAACAGUGAAGCAAGGCCAAUAGCAGGAAGAGAAAACAGCAAAGAAUAACUACCAGUUAAAGACGAUAUUGUUAAUACUUAAACCCAAGUUUCUCUUGUCUUUCUUUCAGAUUUACGCUUGCAUGAUGGUGUUCUUUCUCAGCAAUAUGCUUGAAAAUCAGUUAAUGUCGACAGGGGCGUUUGAAAUCACGUUAAAUGGUAAGUCUGCAUUUUUUCCAGCGUGUUAUGUCCUGACUGAGCCAAGUGUUGUCGGCUUUAGACUUAACCAGCUGACUGCUAUGUCACAAAUACGAUAUGAACUGCUGGCUGUAACUGUAACUGAUGUCAUUUGACAACUGUAAUGACUCCGAUGUCUGCAAAUAUUGCCCGUAACAAGAGAUCUUAAUAACAUGAGAUGUUGUGGUGAUGGGACAAAAUAGAGUACUUGUGUGUUAUCUCUUCACAGAUGUACCAGUGUGGUCAAAGCUAGAAUCCGGCCACUUGCCCUCCAUGCAGCAGCUUGUGCAAAUCCUGGACAACGAAAUGAAGAUGAACGUUCACAUGAACACAAGACCACACCACUCCUAA